AUCUAUUCGCAAUUAGCACCGAAUUACAAACUGGUUAACAUCCAGUGCCAACAAAGCGGAGAAGCCCCCGAUCCGCGGGGCUCAUAAAAUGGGCUCGCCACAUGCUGGGAGCAGCAGUUUGGGUCACAUCUCCAAGCGGUCAACAUGAAGUCGGUUAUAAUUCUACUAGCCUUGGUGGCUCUCUGUCAUGCGGCACCCUUGGAUGUCAAGGAGUCGUCGUCCGAAACGCUCUCCAGGCCCAGCCCCAUCAGUCCCGAUGUGAUUGUUGAUCCCAAGCCCACCGAGAAGGUGAUCCUGCUGAAGGACGUCCUCGCGCUGGAUCGCCAGAAACGCAAUGAGCCCAAGAAACCCGACAGCGUGAAGGCCCAUGAGCUGCUGCAGCACAAUCCCCAUACCCAGAAGCCCAUUCCAGCCAAUCCUCAUGAGAAAGCUGGCCCCCAAGAUGCCAAAGCCCACGAGCACAAGCACAAGCGGGAGGCUCAUCAUGAGGAGGGACACAAGGAGGAGCCCCAGAAGGAGGAAGUGAAGGAUGCUCCCGAGGUGUCUGUACCUCAAAUAGGCGCGGUUGAGAAGAAGAAGGAGAAGCGCGAGGCCCACCAGGAGGAGGGUCACAAGGAGGAGGACAAGCCCCAGGUGGAGGAUCUCUCAUUGCCCCAUGCUGUUCCCGCCGUUGCCCCAGCCGUGGAGUUGGCCAAGAAGAAGGAGAAGCGCGAGGCCCACCACGAGGAGGGUCACAAGGAGGAGGCUAAGCCCCCGGUGGGUGACCUCGCACUGCCCCAUGCUGUUCCCGCUGAUGCUACCACCGCAGAGCUUCCCAAAAAGCAGGAAAAGCGCGAGACUGUGGAAAAACCCGACAGCGUGAAGGCCCGUGAGUCCCUCCAGCAUGGUCCCACUCUUGAGGAUGUAAUUGAAAAGGCUUUCAAAGCACCGGACGCAGGAAAGGCCCCGGAGAAGCGGCAGCAGCGCGACAUUCCCGUGCCCACUCAGACCAAGGCCACCGCCGCUCCCGCGGCCACCACAAAGUCGGAGGUCGGAAGCACCACCCCAUCCAGCCACCACCUGAGCAUUCCCCACCCCAUUCCCGUGGCCGAACUCUUCGAGAAGAACAAGCACUCGGAUAAGUCCGCCGCCAGUUCCGAGGAAAGUAAGGAGAGCAAGGAGAAAGCCAAGGCCUAAACUUUGUAAACCAAAAGUCGCUAAUUCGAUCAUCACGAGAUUUGUAGUCACAGAAAACGAACUAAAAUAAACAAAAAUAUUUACAUGCUUAUAUAAAAA